AUGGACGACGACGAAUUGGAUGCUCCAGCAGCUGCAGAUGAUGAUCUCUCACUUCCAAAAUCAACCGUAAACAAACUAAUCCAAGAACUGAUGCCCGAUGGCCUGUCUUGUGCGAAAGAAACUCGUGAUGUGCUAGCUGAUAUAUGUACAGAGUUCAUACACAUGUUGUCUAUGGAAGCAAACGAAAUAAGUGAAAAAGAAGGUCGCAAAACAAUUAACCCUGAGCAUGUUAUUGCUGCUCUCAAGUCACUAGGCUUCGACGACUACAUCCCCGAAAUCCAACAAGUCUACGAUGAUACUCAAAACACCAUGAAGCAAGAUAAACAACGCAAAACCUCAAAAUCAAACGCUACAGGCCUCUCCCAAGAAGAAUUGAAACGUCAACAAGAGCUCUUGUUUGCUAAUGCCCGGAAUCAAAUGGGUGCUGGUGGCGCUGGUGGUGGGCCGAGUAACAACAACAACAAUACCAAUACAAUAGGAUUGCCAGCGUUGGCGCUACCGAGUACAGCAUUACCGAGCGCUCCACUACCGGGUAUACAGGUGUUUGAUGGGCAGAUUGUGCAGUCUCCGUGA